AUGAAUGGAUUUGGAGGAAAAGAGGCUUGCAAAGGAAAGUCAAGAAAAACGAAAGACAAACAAGGAGUUGAACCUGAAGAAGAAGACAAAAAUUAUUUUCGGUGGAAUAUAGUUAUGAAACGUGAAUUAGCUGAUAUACUUCGCGAGGAGCGCAGCUUAGGUCACAAAGGAGAUGGUGGAUGGAAGGCAGUUGCUUACAAUACUGCUGCAAAUAUAUUAGCUGCACAAUUUAAUCUCCAGAUAAGUGCUGAUAAUAUUAGAAAUCGUGUUAAGUCAUGGAAAAAGUUCUAUGGAGUAGUGAGUGAUAUAUUAAGUCAAAGUGGAUUCAGUUAG